AUGUUGAAGAAAACAAUGCAGCCAGUUGAACGACAAACAUAUGGUUUACGAUUGAGAAUUCGAAAUUUGACUGUUGAAGAUCAAGGAAUAUGGGAAUGUGUAGGAGCUGAUAUUGAUGGAACAUCACAAUCGAGAACAUUUCAAAUGAAUAUCAAAAUUCCAAUAACAUUUCGUGGUGAUCGGAUCCAGUAUGCUGCUUUAGGUGAACAAGUGUUAGUUAAAUGUCGGGUAUUAGCUAAUCCUCCAGCUGAGGUUUCAUGGUUUAAAGGACAAGAUAAAACAAGAAUAGCAAAUACAAAUUAUGAACGAACAAAUGAUGGUCUUAAAAUUAAUAAAGUUGAUUUAGUUGAUAAUGAUGUAUUUUGGUGUCAAGCUGAUGUAUUAGAAACGGGAGAAUCAAGAGAUUAUCCUAUUACGAUUAUUAUUUCACGUAUGUUGAACUCUUUUUAUUAUCUAUUAUCAAUAAUUUAUCUCGAUAUUAUUAUUAUCUCAGAACCAAUAACUGCUGCUCGAAUAACUUGUUCAUCACCGUGUGCCGUUGAGAAACAAACAGCAACCUUAAUCUGUGAAGCAGCUGGAUCACCAUCACCCAAAUAUCAAUGGUUUUACGGAGUGGAUUCUCCUGUUGUUUCAAAUGGAAUUUCAAAAUAUAUGGCUCAUGGAAAUUCUUUAACAAUAAACUAUGUUGAUGAAACGGACAAUGGGAAGUAUACAUGUCAUGCAUAUAAUGAAUACGAUCGACAAGGACAAAAGGUUGAAUACAUGCUUAACGUUGUGGCUCCACCAAGACUAUUGCCUAUUCCGCCUGUUGAAAUUAAUCUCGAUAAUCGUCCACAACAAGCAACAUUUCAGUGUCGAAUUGAACGUGGCACGGCUGAAAGUUUAUCAUUGGAAUGGCAAUUAAUGGAUCAUACUCCAGUGGUGCCGCUAAAUGGUAUUUACAUUGAUACGUCUCAGUUACAAAUUAACAAUUUUAUUGAAUUGAAAUUCAAUCCUGUGAGGCGUGAACAUUUUGGAAAUUAUUCGUGUGUAGCUAAAAAUCUGGCUGAUGUGGCCUACGCAGUUGCAAGACUCUACGUUAAAUUCAUUUAUAUAACUUGUGUGAUAUUAGUCAAAAUCCGAUGUUUAUUCGAUUCGUAUCCACCACCGAAAAUACAAUGGGUUCGAUUAAUUCGUACACUUCAAGAUUCUGAUGGACGAAUAUUAACACAAGGAGUCGAUCCUCAAGUUAUUGAUAUCCAAGAAAAUCAAAUUGGACUCACAAAAUACGAAAGUGUUUUAACGUACAAUCCAUCGGAACGAGAUUUUGGCUUGAGUUUUGAAUGUCGUGCUAUUAAUCCAAGAAUUGGGCGUUAUACAUUUCUUCUACAGCGAGCUGAACCACCUCGAAUGGUUCGUGUUACCGAAGCAAAACCAUUGUCUAAUGCUAUUGAAAUUUCUGUUCAACCACCAGAUACAGGUGGUCUACCGUUAGUCCGAUAUUUAGUAAGAUAUGAACCGAUUGGAACUUCGAAUGCAUUAAAAACACAAACAUUUCCAGCUCAGGCAGUUAAUGACCAACCACAAGUUCUCCGUAUUGAAAAUUUACUUCCAAGUGUAACAUAUCGAAUGAGUAUUUUGGCUGAAUCCGAUGCAGGGAUCGGGCAGUUACAAGGACAAAUCCAAGUCAAAACAUUAGAUCGUCAAAUGCCUCAAUUUAAAAUACUUUCCAACGAUGUUUCAUGUUUGGAUGAUACAAAGUGUCUAAUUAAAUGGACCGUUGAAUCAGAUGGAGGAGCACCAAUUUCAAAAGGAGAAAUAGUUUAUGCACGGGCAAAGGGAGAGAGUGGUUUAGAAAUUGUAGGUAAUUUUGGUGUACCAAUACCGAUUGAUCCGUUAUUAUCAGAAUUUGAAAUACAAAAUUUAGUUCCAAAUGCGUUUUAUAUCAUCUCUCUGAAGUUAUAUAAUGAAGCUGGAGUCGCAGAGCAAAAAAUUAGAAAACUAACAGCAAGAACGGUAAUAGAUAGAGAUGCUGUCACUAUGCAAACAUGA